AUAUAGUAAAUGUGUUAUCAGUUAUCAAUCAACUAAAGGUUCAAUAUGUGAUUUUCAAACGGAUUUAUAUGAUUUUCAAGAAAUUCCAUUUAUGGAAGCUAUAACUAUUUCAGAACUUAUACAAAAUACAGGAUUGAAAUCAUUAAGGUUUUACUUAGCAACAAAAAGGAAGUGUACAUCUGAAUGUUGUGAUAACAUUGAUUCUAAUUCCAUUGCUCCAAAUCAAACUAUUUAUCGUGAAAACCUUUCAACAAUAACAAAUAGUUUAGAUGAAUAUCCAUCUAAAAAUGAUGAAUCUUACUACUUGGCUUCCACUACACCACUAUUGAUUGAUGAUGAAUAUGAUGAUGAGGUACUUAUAUCUUGGUUUCAAACAUAUGGUGCUACAAUACACCAUGAACCACAGAAUCAUAAUUAUAAUUUGAAUGCACCUGCUACUGUCAUAUCCGAAAGUGAAUUGUAUUUACCAAGUAACACCAACAAUAAAAUAAUAACUAGCACUACGGAGAAUUCAAGGUCUCCCUCAGCUCAUAUAAUUACAACUGUUGAAAAUGUACCUACAAAUAGUUUUCCUGAUAUUGAUAACUUUCAAAAUCAUAACCAUUUAAUCCUUCAUCGAGGAAGAAUUUUUCAUGAGUUAUUAGAUGCAAUUGAAAACAUUGAUAAGACCUGUGACUCUAUCACUAUUGAACUCAUAUUACCCAACAGGUUUCCUGAAAACGCAAUAGAUGCAGGUGGCGUGUUAUAAGAUGCUCUGAGUGAAUUUUGGAAUAGUUUUUAUGAGACUUCAACUGAAGGAACUACUUUGAAAGUACCUUGUUUGCGGCAUGAUUUUAAAUGUCUACAGUGGAAAACAAUUGCAAAAAUAUUUUACAUAGGAUGGAAAAAAGUAUAAUAUUUUCCACUAAAACUUGUACCAUCGUUUUUUGAACAACUUUUAUUUGGUCAUACUGAAUCUGACUUAAUCGAAGUAUUCUUACAAACAAAAUGUGAAGCUGAUAAGCAUAUUUUAUCAAACGCUUUAAAAGAUUUUGAAAAUAUUGAUACAGAUGAAGUAAUAGAUAUUUUAAGUGAUUUAGGGUGUAGAAAUAUUGCAAAUAAAAAUAACUUUAGAAAGAUAUUGGAAGAAAUUGCACACAAAGAACUUAUUCAAAAGCCAAUGUUCAUAAUUGAUUGUUUUGUAUAAGAAUUGAAAGAAGCAGCAUGGGAACAACAUAUUUCAAUUGAAUUUUUAAAUAAUAUAUAUAAUAAUUUGAAAGCGACUUCUAAAAAUGUAUUAAGAUUAAUAAAAUUUGAAGAUUUUGAUUUGGAAAUUACUCAAGGACAACAUUGAAUUUUUUAAAAAAGUAUCUUAAAGAUAAUAUUAUUAAUUUUCUUAUAUUUUGUACAGGUGCUGAUAUGAUUACUGGCACUAAAAUUCAAAUACAGUUUAAUAACACUAUUGGAUUAUUGAAAACUCCUAUUGCAUAUACCUGUUCUAGUACUCUAGAACUCUCAACU